GUUUAAUACGCGUCCCCAUGAAGAGAAGAUGUUGACUUUUGAUGUCUUUUUCUCCUUCUUAUCUCAUCCCAGCUGACGUACGGAACACUUUGAUUUGAAUUCUCCUCUCGAGUGGGCAUUUAAAUUCCUGUUUCAACGGAACGUUUCUCCAACUAUGCUUCUAUUUCCAAGCUAAAGAUGCACACAACGCGAAGCCCUUCGUCCAUUUCGGCCGCCCCUCCGGGGGUCGCCCUGGACCUCAGCUUGUCCGGCUCGCGGCUGUCCAUCUGCAAGAGGCCCAGUGGCGGCGACACACCCGGGAAGUUCUUGGCCCGCUCCGUGUCCGUGUCGGCGGCGUGCGAGGUUCGAGGGAAACGCAACACCCUGAGCGACGCCUCGGGAAGCUCUCGCUCGGUCAAGAACCUGCGGCGCUCCAACAGCACCACGCACGUUAACCAGCAGAGUCAUGUUCCGCUCAGUCCUGACCACCACGGCAGCGAAUACCUAACCGUGUUGGACAGUGGCGACGGCCGCAGAAAACCAGAUGGAAACACGUGGAACAUCCUGGACGAGCAGCCGCGAGCGCCAGAGAGGAUGGCGGGCGUACGUGGUAGCCCCAUCGCAGAUUCGCCAGGCGGCAUGAAGAGAAGGCACACCGCGGCGUCCUUCACUGCCAACAACAGGAGCAACAAGGGAGCCGUGGGCAACGCCGUCACCACUAUCCUGCAUAACAACCACGGCGACAAACCCCUCACACCCAAAAGCUCCAACCAGAGACCACCCUUCAACAACAUCCUGAAAGCCACCGCCAAUGACGACGUCUCUCUGGAGAGCGGUUCGCUCACCAAGUCGCAGAAGAACUUCUCUUCCGCCUCGUCCAACAACAAAAGUCCGGGCGGGAGAGGAAGCCCCCAGCCGCAGCGCCGCGACCAAGUCUCAGAGGAGGAGGCUGAAAGGUUCAUCCAGAAAGUCAACCAGGCUGCUGUCACUAUUCAGCGCUGGUACAGAGAGCAUGCCGGGAGGCGUCACGCCAACCGGGCAGUGCUGCGACGCAUCUUGGACAGCAAAAGAAAGGAGUGGCGAGAGCGAGCUCAGGCCGAAUGUCACCCAGAGCCUCCCAGAGACGACAGGAAGCUGAUUCGGGAAGAAAAAGCUCGACAGGCACGCCUAGCUGCCAUCAAGGAAUUGCAACAGAAAAGAGCCCAGCAAGUUCCUCCUCCACACCGCCACGAUCGAUAUCAGCACGCCGAAGCCAGCGUGGAACGUCGUAGGCCCAGCAGCGCCGCGCCGAGCUCGCCCGCCUACGACAACGUGUCGCCCACUCGCGCCAAAGCUAACAACACAGACUUCCAUCUGAACGUCACGGGCGACUUGAGCGAACUAACCUUCAGGGCGGUCUCUCCAGCGCCAUCCAAUCACAGAGCAUCGCCAUGCGCACAGGUAUUACAGGAGUGCGAUGGCGUCGCUGAGGAGGAACGGAGAGGCGUGGAGCAUAACCAAGAGAACGACAGGAAGCCGAGUCGUCAAGGCAGACCUCGGUUGUCUCGACUGACCAUCCCCGAGCCCAACGUUUGUGACGAACUGCAGUCGAUAUCUCAGGCCGAGCCUGAAUAUCGGAAGCCGACGCCAACCGCCAGAAGUCCUGCCUCGCCCAGGAACAUCAGCCAGAUUGUUGCGGCGGACGCGAUCAAGGCCAAGAACACUGAAUGCGAACGGAAUCUCCCUCUCGAUUCGGGCGAACUGUGUGGUUUCCGAGCCGUUUCGCCAUCCUUGUCCAGUCGGGGUGGUUCUCAGUGCUCCCAGGGGCGCCCUCGACGCUGUUUGUUCGGCGACGACCGAUCCUUCGCGGCGUCCAAGUCCACCCUUAACGAGUUGUUGGACACGCUCACACUGCUAGAGGAGGAACCAGAGCACUUGAGCGAGCCAAAAUCUUACAACAAAGACAAAUAUGCUUGGAUGGAUGAGCAGGACAGGGAUGCCGAGUCCCUGACGGCCGACAACUUGGAGCGGCUUGGUUUGCCGCCGCCCCCCAACGGAGCGGCGCUGCUGUCCGAGGCCAAGCUGCAGAGCAUCAUGAACUUCCUGGACGAGAUGGAGAAGUCGGAGCAGGAGCGACCUCAUUCCCGCGUCUCGCUGCGAGAGGCAGCGUUCUUGGAGGACGAGGCGCCCGCCGUGGACCCGGCCUCUGCCACUGCCGCCCAAGUGUCCGAUUCCAUCAUGAGGAUCAAGAUGGAGCUGGAGGAGAAGAAGCGCGUGGUGGAGAUGCUGCAGAACGCGCUGGCCCAGCAGAGGGAGCUGACGGUGCAGCACGUCAAGGAGACAGAGAAGGAGCUGAGCCGUAAUCUGCAGUUGCAGAAGGACCAAUAUGAGGCCACGGUGCAGAGACAUCUCACCUUCAUAGAUCAGCUGAUCGGUGACAAAAAAGCACUGAGUGAGCGAUGUGAAGGCGUCAUCGCGGAGCUGAAAUUAGUGGACCACAAGUACACCAAGAAGAUCUCACAGAUGCAGGAACAGCACGAAAUGGUUUGGCAAGUCCUGGCCCCUUUGUGCGAGGAGAUUAAGAAGCUGAAGGAGCUGAUGAGCGUCACGGAGAAGAUCCGGCGGGAGAAGUGGAUUGACGAGAAGACCAAGAAGAUUAAAGAGAUCACGGUGAAAGGCCUGGAGCCGGAGAUCCAGAAGCUAAUCUCCAAGCACAAACUGGAGCUGAAGAAGCUGCGUUCGCUCCACGAAGCCGAGCUGCUGCGGUCCGAGGAACGGGGAGCCGAGCGCUGCGCCCGCCAGUGCGAGGAGCUCCGCCAGCAGCUGGAGCGUGACAAGGAGGAGCAGUGCCGCAAGGAACGAGAGUUAGCCCGCGACCAGUUCCAGAAGCAGCUCCGGGAGGAGGAGCUCUCCCUGCAGGAGCACAGGAGGCGCAUCCACAAGGAGGCGGCCGAUGAGAAGGAGCGGCUGGCGCGGCUGGCCGACAGGCAGCGCUCGGAGAUGGAGGAACUGCGUCGGCGCAUGGAGGAAAACUCCUGCUUGGCCGGACGAGUUUUCAGGGAGGAGCUGGACAAAACCCGAGAGGAGCAGGAGCGGAGACACCAGGCCGAGAUCAAGAAGAUGCAGGAGAGUUUUGAGCAAGAGAAGAUGACCUGGGAGGAGGAAUACAGAAAGAAGCAGGAGACGGGACUAUUGCGGCACGAGCGCCAGCUGCGCGAAGAGCUGAGGCAGGAGCGUGACAAAGAGAUUCAGCUAGCUAUUUGGACGCUGGAAGAGGAGACCACCAAGGAUAAGGAGGAGUUCGAGAGGGCCGCACAAAACAGGGUCAAUCGCGUGCGGGAAACGUACGAGGCGGAGCUGAAGGAGCUGGAGCGGUCGCUGAGGGAGUCGGCAGAAAAGCAACAGGAGCUGAGGAGGCAGCACGCCGACACGCUUCAACAACUGGACGUGCUGCAGGAGCGGCUGAAGCAGAAGGAGCAGGACGCGCUCGCCGUCACCCAGGACCGGGACCAGCUCUUGGAGGAGCGCCACACCGCGGCUUCGCUCGUACGGCAAGAGUUCGCCGGGCGUCUGCUGCUCCUGGAGGAGGAGGCGCAAAGAGCAGGGGCCGAGGCGGAAGAGGCGCGAGCCACAAUGCGGGCGGAGGUGGACCGCGUCACCAAGGAGAAGGAAGAGGAGCUCCUCCAAGUGCACCAGAGAGUCAAGUCAGCCAUCUUGAAGAAAGACGAGGCGGUCAGCGUUCUACGGAAGCAGCAUGAGGCUGCUGUGAAGAGGGCGGAGCAUCUGGAGGCUUUGUGGGAGGAGCAAAGGAAGCAGCUGCUGGAGAAAUGACCACCACUGACAAGUACUUUGUGACACUGAAGGGACUCGCAACUUGAGAGCAAAUGAACAAAGGGCAAUUUUUUGCCUUUUUUUUUUUUCUCCCAAAAAAUGGCUUAUUGGAAUUUUAAAGCCCGAAAUAUUGGAUUUUAAUGUCGUUUUACAGCUACUCACGACAGCUGAAGUUUUGUUACCAAUCCUGACAAAUGUGUUUGGAUCCGAUUCCAGCCUCAACUCGCUGUUUAGCCCACGUUGACGGUGAUUGACGUCCAGUCCAGUUUGACCGGAGCGGCAAAAAUUAAUUUGGCGUUUAUCACCAUCAGUGAAAGCCAAUUAGUUAACUCUCUUGUCAUGAUCAUGACGAUGAUCAACGUCUAAAAUCAUGCGUAUCUUUUUAUCGUCCUGUGAAAUUAAAUGAGUUUAUCACAAGUACACGACUGUUGAAUGAUUGUGUAAUUUGCUGCUAACCCUCCCAGUUUAAAUGGAUUGGACGUCUAUCACCGUCAACGGCUGCCAAUGAGUAGUCCAUACUCUGCAGAGACUGUCCCCUCUGACUGAUGAAAAUCAAAACUCCAUAUCUGAAGAUGUUGAAUUUUGUUAUAUUUCAACAACAAAAGUAUUCUUAUGUAUAAUAUAGUCAAGUUUGUAUUGUAAAACACCAGUCACCUACAAUGCUAACCAUCUUUAGCUCUUUUCAGUUUUGGACUCUGCUGUACAGAGCCCCUAAAGGGGAAUCGACAGAAAUAAAAUAAAUUUAAGCAAUCUGGUGCACACCAGAUAGUUUCUAGUAAACAUUAGCAUUAUUUAGCAUUUAAGCUAGCGGACCUUUGCUAUGCAAGUUAGCCAAUUGUUGCAUUGUUGCAAUUGGCUAACUUUGCAUAGCAAAAGUCCGCUAGCUUAAAUGCUAUGUAAUGCUAGGGUUAAGGUUAGGGUUACAAUUGGCUAACUUGCAUAGCAAAAUUCCGCUAGCUUAAAUGCUAUAUAAUGUUAAUGUUUACAAGAUUGUUUUUAAUGCGCACCAGAAGCUAUCUAGUGUGUACCAGAUUGCUUAAAUUUAUUUUAUUUCUGUCCCUUUAAGGGCUCCUUACUGUUGAAACUACCCCAGAUUUCGAAUCUGUUGAUGUAACGUCGUAAUUGCUCCGUUGCCCCCCUCUUGCGGAGCUCUGUCGUCGUUACAAAUAAGCAUCCAACCACUGUUAGGCCAAUUGAUCAAGUUUUGAGUGACUUCAAAGCAGUUUAAAAGCUCUCAGCAGGUCUAAACCUGACCUCAAGGGGUCGAAGUCAUCAAUUUCUGCAGUCUGAAACGACAUGAAGGACCAACUGGAAGCUACUGAUAAAGCUCCACCCCUCAAUUUCCUGGCCCCUCCCAACAGAGCAAGAAUGUCUGCAUGUUCCCCCCUCAGAUCUUUUCCAGAUGUUUGUGCGACUGGCCCGGGCAGGCCCGCACGCUCGGAGCGGCCCCGUAUUUUGGUUUUGUGGCGAGCAAGGGAGGCUGUUGUUGUUAAGAUGAAAAAGAAGGAGAAGAGGACGUGUUGAGGUCGGCGUGUUUCAGAACACGGAAGUUAGGAAAAACAAGAAGAAUGUGUGGUGGAAAAAGGAAAGUAGUUGCUAGGAGCAGAAAAGAACAGGCGGGGGGAGGGGGAGGGGUUUGAGAAGGCACACUCGGAUCAUGUGACUGUGACUGUUAUAAACCAACAAGAAGUAAACAACAAAAUGAAGGACAGCCGGUCUCAUGUAUUUUUUUCUCGGGUUACUAUUUAUUACUAGAUAAUUAAAUAACUGGCUGCCAUUCAGUUCCAAAGACGUCCAAUCCAUUUGUUAGCCUCUCCCAGUCGAAAUGGCAGCUAGUUAUUUAAAACACAAGGUCCUGUUAACCCUCCUGAUAUUCUCAGUUUUGCAAAGUCAGUUUGACCAAGAAAUGUGCAGGUGACGAAAUAUUAUUAGAAAAUUAAGCUCAGACUCAUUGGCUGCCAUUGACGGUGAUAGACGUCUGAUCCAUUUCAAAUGAGAUGUCUAUCGUCGUCAAUGGCAAGUGGCAACUGGCAGUGUCAGAAAGAUUUUUUUUUUUUAAUUUAAUGUGAAGCUGUGUCACUCACAGUCGUUAAGACUAGCAAAACGCAUUCAAUACCCUAAAAAAUACCUCCUAUUUUUUUAUAAAAUGAUGGGUCAGUUUGACCUCUAUGACUAAAUAUCCUCAUAUAAAAAUGACUCCAAUAAUAAUUUCACUGCAAAAUAUGUGUUCAACUGUUUCCUAAAUAAAAAUAGACUAUUUAAAAUAGGGGAAAAAAAGGUCAAUUUGACCUCUGUGAGAAAAAAAAAAGCAUCACAAAUAACAAUUUCACUUUAAAAGAUGUGUUAAAAUUUUCAACGGGUUAUUUAAAAUAGGGGAAAAAAAGGUCAAUUUGACCUCUGUGAGAAAAAAAAAAAAGCAUCACAAAUAACAAUUUCACUUUAAAAGAUGUGUUAAAAUUUUCAACGGGUCAAUUUGACCC